AUGUCGGAUCUUCGGCUCACAUAUAAGAAAGACUGUAUUUUAGGGGUUGGCGGCUGGCAGAGAGCUGAGGCCCUGCUUAAACUUUGGAACAAAUAUCGAAUUUCCAACAUUCCAUCACUAAUAUUCUUAGACGCCACCACGGGGAAGGUCGUGUGCAGGAAUGGGCUGCUGGUGAUCCGUGAUGACCCGGAAGGUUUGGAAUUCCCUUGGGGACCUAAACCCUUCAGGGAAGUCAUUGCAGGGCCCUUACUUCGAAAUAAUGGGCAGUCCCUGGAGAGCAGCAGCCUGGAGGGGUCUCACGUGGGAGUCUAUUUCUCCGCACACUGGUGUCCGCCCUGCCGAAGCCUCACCCGGGUCCUGGUGGAGUCCUACCGGAAGAUCAAGGAGGCCGGCCAGAAAUUCGAGAUCAUCUUUGUUAGUGCGGACAGGUCAGAGGACUCCUUCAAACAGUACUUCAGCGAGAUGCCGUGGCUCGCCGUCCCCUACACCGACGAGGCCCGGCGGUCGCGCCUCAACCGUCUGUACGGAAUCCAAGGCAUCCCCACCCUCAUAGUGCUGGACCCGCAGGGCGAGGUGAUCACGCGGCAGGGGCGGGUGGAGGUGCUGAACGAUGAGGACUGCAGAGGCUUCCCAUGGCACCCCAAGCCCGUGCUGGAGCUCUCCGACUCCAACGCUGUGCAGCUCAACGAGGGCCCCUGCCUUGUCCUUUUUGUAGAUUCUGAGGAUGACGGGGAGUCUGAGGCGGCCAAGCAGCUGAUCCAGCCAAUAGCUGAGAAAAUCAUUGCCAAGUACAAAGCCAAAGAGGAGGAGGCGCCGCUCCUGUUCUUUGUGGCGGGGGAGGAUGACAUGACCGACUCCCUGCGAGAUUAUACCAACCUGCCCGAGGCUGCCCCUUUGCUCACCAUUCUGGACAUGUCAGCCCGGGCCAAGUACGUGAUGGACGUGGAGGAGAUCACCCCCGCCAUUGUGGAGGCCUUUGUGAAUGACUUCCUAGCAGAAAAGCUCAAACCAGAGCCCAUCUAGUGGGGCUCUGGCUUCCCAGGACGUUAUUUAAAACUCAGUCUCCUCCUCCCCCCCCCUUCCCUCCACCCUUGGACUUUUCCAGCGUGUCCCAAAUCACACAACUCAAGUGUCCAACCUCUCUGUGGUGCCUUGUUUUCUGCAUUAACUCCUCAGCUAGCACCCUGGGUGCGCAUCCUCUCAGCAACAGAAGAACCCACCGUGCCUGGAGACUCUGCUGGGGAUUCACGGGGCUGGCACACCCGGCCAGAGCAGGGACUGGAGUGCACUCUCAGCUGCGGGCUCUUGGGGAGCUGUGUGCCGGGUGUCCUCUGCCGAGCGGGCACCACGGGACAGAGCACCGGAGCUCUGGCUCUGCCUCAGGUGGCAGCACACACGCACAGAGCCCGAGAUGGCUCAGACACACGUAGGUGCAGGUGGAGCAGAGAGGAGCUGCGGCAGCCCCAGCUUUGAGCUGCUGGUGAGAACAUCCCUUCCUCAGUGACUUGGUCUGAGAGAGAAAGCCAGCUUGUCAGUUGGUUCUUGGGCAGGGGGUCUCCAGCUCUCAAAGGAAGCUUGUGUUCAUUUCUGGUGAGAACUAAGAGUAGCUACAGUAAUGAUCCAUGUAGUAAUUGCUUACUUGGAUGGGGCGCCUAGCAUGUGAUAAGAAAGAGCUGCUUAUUUCUUCCUUCUAGCUCUUUCUUCCUUAAUCUUGACCUUCUCCCAGUUUCUGCCUCCUCAGAUGAACAGCCCCUACUAUCUUGGAAUUUUGUUAAUAAAUUCUUCCCCGUGGACAUCUUCCCAAGAAGAUGCAGUGGCCCUGCGUUCCAAGGGGAGCACCACUCACCAGCGCAGGCCUGACUCAGCCCUACUCUGGGCCCGGGCCAUGGGAGCUCUGCUGAGGUGCCUGUGCCCACUCGGGGUCACCCCUGCGUUCCCUCUUCUUUUCAAAGCAGAACUAAAGAGAGACAAGAAAUUACCGGAAGCCUAGCUUUUCCUAAGAACCUGAGAAAGAGCUGUGCCCUAAGGUAGGAGUAAAGGCAGAGGAAAUGUCAGCUAAAACUAGGCCCUGGACCCACCCUGCAAGGCCUGGCUUGGCUCCUUGCUUAGGCUGAAUUGACCUCAAAAGGAAAAUAACAGUUGUGCCCUUAGGAUUUGAGAUGGAGGGCUUCACCUAGGGAUUCACAGGGUUUCAGCCUAUCUCAGCCAUGUGUCAGGGUCUUUAAAACAAUCUCAGGCCUUGCCCUUGGCUCCACUCAAAGUAUCCUGCCAACCAAGACCAUUGAUUUGGAAAACCCAGCCCCCAGAUUAGCUGUUGACACGGUCGCUCCUUGCCGAACUGGAUUGUUGAUCUGUAGUUCAGAGGUACAAAAUUAGUUGAUAAUUAGACUGUUACUUGAUGUCACCAGCCUGAAAUGCAAUCACCUAGUGAGAAAUAAAACAGGCAUCUCUGGACGUUA